UAGACUAAAAUUUAGCUUGAUAAUAUUGGCUUGAACUUCCUGAUGUAAUUUUGCAUUUUAUUGUCACAGACAGCGAAAAUAGAGCGUAGAGGUACUUCUAAAGUGGAGUAUUUGCAAGAAAUAGAAUAGAAAGUGCAAGAAGAGAAAAGCAAAGUGCACUAUGCAGAGUGCGUUUCUUUCUUUUGAAGUUGUAUUGAGACAUCAGUCGUUUUUAAUUAGCACUUCAAUCUAAUGCUGAUUUAUCAAUAGCCAGAACGAACGUUAAAAUUUUCUGAAUAUGUGAACAAUUAAACACUUGAAUAUUUUGUGAAGAACUUUCCAUUGUUAUGUACAUUCCACAGAGAGUCCCCUUGCCAAUAGAAUACAGAACUUAUGACUUACAGAGCCUGCUGAAGAUGAGUGGAAUUUAACGAUUUUACGUUGUUCCCAAAAUAAUGCUGUUCUUUGUGAUAACAUUGCAAAGCAAUUUUGAGACAAAUUCACAAAGCAACAUUAUUAAACAAAUAUUCCAGCUUAUUUAUGUGUGAUCUGUAAAGCAGCAACAUCGCCAUUCAUUUACACGCCAUUCUCAUAACGGAACUACCUUCGCCUCUUAUAGUGAAUGCAAAAUUAAAUGAAAAAAACAAAAUAAUGUUGCUAGAGAGGCUAGAUAAAAAACUGAACUUAACUAAAAAACUAUCUCACUAUCGUCGUUAGGAGCAUAGAGACAAAAAAAAAAAUAUUUGAAAAGAAGAAAGAACACAAUUUUCAAAUGAUUGGAAAGCCCCUUAGAAGAAAACUCUGAAGCAAAUCAGUUGUAAAUUUGCAAUCGACUGUGAACUCGAAAUUGUAAGGGUCUCCGUUAAAGCAUAAAAAAAAGAAGAAAAGAACAGUUGCGCAAUUGUGAAAAUAAAGAUAGACGGCUGACGACCUUUGGUUUAAAAACCUAUUGAUAAUCGUAAAAGGAUCACACAACCAACAAAAGGAAACCCAACCUCCAGCGGCAACAAACGUGCGACAAGAGCGUACAAAUUUGUUACAUUACUUCAGCAAAUGAUAAUUAAAUUAUAAAAAAAUUUUAUGACUGAAAAAAUUUAUAGAAUUUCUAUGAUUUUACAAGUGGUUAUGUAAUAGAAAGCAAUGUCAAGCAUUAUAUAUGCAAAAGUUUAUACACCAUAAUGCGAAUAAUUUAUGAGACAACGUGGAUAAAAAAAAAAGUAAAUACCGGCAAAGUUGACAAAACGUGUUCAUAAAAAAUUUAAGAUUUAUAAUUAAAAAAGUCGAGAAAUUAAUUUUUCUCUUCCCUUUUUUCUGUGUUACGUGCGUUAUGUGCAUUUAAAAAUAACUAAAAAAGACAAAUUGACGUUCAAAAAAUAAUCAUAAAAAAUUCUCGCAACAGUUUUCUACUCGCAAAGAACUCUUUUAUAUAGUAAAGAGAAUAUCAUUUUCUCUUCAAAUAUUUGCUUGCCUUUAUCUCUAAUGCUUGCGUAAUCUCUUUUAGACUGAAUUAAACAGAAAAAAAAAAAAACAGAAAAACAAAACCAAUACAGAGUAGUAUAAAAUGCCUGAACCAACUUUGUAUUCUUACGGGCUCGAACCGCCAAAAAAGCCACCAAUAAUUAAACUUUCUUGUGGUAUCGGUGAUACGGAUGGUUUUCCAGCAUUUGAUGUAGAUUCCGAUGCUUAUACCAUUAAAGAUGAUUCCAAGUGGGGUUUUCUCAUUACCGGCGGUGCAGAGUUUCAUAUGCCAUUAACCGUAUUUCAGGUAACAACCGGUGGUUUGGCCGAUCAAGGUGGCAUACGAUUAGGCGACAUCAUAUUGGAAAUAAACGAGGAGGACGCAACACAAUUGACAUUGGCCCAGGCGCACGAAAAGAUAGACGCAGUCGGGAAAAAGAUUCAUUUUCUUGUUAAGACCAUGGAAGAGGAUCAAGAAUAUGGGUUCGAGCAAGGUGAAGAGAAGUCUAUUGUGCUACGAGUACCGAAACCUCUACCGCCACCGAAAGUGGCUUCGAUUGAGGCACGUUUAAAGGAAAUGCAACGCAAACUCUCCGAAAUCGCCGAAAUACCAAAAAUUUUAUCAUCAACUUUGGCUACUGUUUCGCAGACCUUCGAUAAAUUGACAAAUGCAACGCAACAACAAAAACGCAAAUUUUCCUACGAUGAAGAUGCUUACGAUUAUGAGCUAAGCUAUAACGAUGAUAAUAAUGAUGAUAAUGUGGAGAAAUAUGACGCCAAUAAGGCGUACUUGGAAUUGAAGCAACGCAUUUCUCAGCACCAUUUACGGCAGUCUAAAGAUUCGACCCCAGAAUCGGACUAUGCUUCAGAAAAUGGUGAUGGUUUGACUUACAGUAUAAUCAGAGAUAAUAACAGUUCCGCUGAGGAGGAAGAUAACUUUCACUUAUGUGAAAAUUAUGUUAAAAAUGAAAAAGAAGAAUUCAACACAAAUUCUAACGCAAAUGUUGAACAUCGUGAAUACCAUCGACACCAUGAUGAUGGAGAUGAGAGCGAUGAAGAUGAUUUUCUUACAACUACUUUUACUUGGCAUAUGCGUAAUUUGCGUAAAUCCGAAUUAACAGAGAAAGAACUCGAACGGAGAACAUCUCCUGUUUUUACAUCGAUGACCGCGACGACAACGACGAUUGGUGACAGUGACGCAAACAAGACAAGUAAUUAUGAUAAUGCGUUUGGCGUUACCGGUAAAGAUGGACAACAAAAGCAUAAGUUAGAUAAAUUGGAACGUUGCUGGCCUUGGGCAGACCGCGAGAGAAUCAUUUACAAGCAGUCCACUUGUCAUUUAGUGCCACGCCGGCCAUUGGGUCUUAUCGAGAAACGUAUUCAAUUGUUGGCUAAGAACAAUCUUUUGGAGCAUUUAACUAAAGCUCCAAGUCCUUGAAAGGGAUUUUUAUGGGACUUCUGUUUUUUCAAUGUUUCACUAAACAUUGUCCUAUAAAAUGUUUUUUAAGUUAAUUACACAAAUAAACACUUUGAUUAAACUGAUAAAAAU